AUGUCUUCCGUACCAUCCAUCUUCUCUCGUCCCUUGCAUUUGUUGUUCUUCUUUUAUUUCUUGAGUCACAUUCCUAUCACUAUUUUCAUUGAUGCUCAACCAAUUCUUUCUCCCUAUCUUCCACAAUUAUAUCCUCCUUUCCUUCAACAAGUAUUGAAACAACAAUGGAUUGAACCAUAUCAAGACAUGCUCAUGGAAAGAGUUCCAGUUUGGUUUGCUUCCUUCGGUUUUUGUGAAGUCUUUGUUCAACUUCCAUUCUUCUUUAUUGCUCUCUAUGCGUUUGUUGCUGGAAAGAAUUGGAUACGUAUUCCUGCAAUUAUUUACUCGGCUCACGUCAUGACCACAUUGGUUCCAAUCAUGGCUGUAUUUUUGUUUGAUAAGGAAUAUCUCAAUCACAAUGCAUUCUUGUUGGGAACUUAUUCUGUUUACUUUAUUAUUCCAUUGUUACUUUUAUUGAACAUGGUUUGUUAUGAAAAGCCAUUCGAUUAUCAUUCCAAGACAAAGACAAAGAGUAAUUAG